AUGGCUUUGGAUGCUGGGUUCCAGUUUGUGAAAGCGUAUGCUGCCAUGAACCUCAUUGCUACUCUGGCAAAUGGCAUUGUGGCCCUGAUCGUAAUACUUGUAUUGUUACUCUUGGUAGCUCUUGGCCUUAUGUGGUGGUUCUGGCCUCUGUGUUGCAAAGUGGUCAUUAAGGAUCCUCCUCCACCACCAAAACCAGCCCCACCAGUUGAGGAAGAAGAGGAUCCUUUACCUUCAAAGAAAUGGCCAACAGUGGAUGCAUCCUAUUACGGUGGGCGAGGAGUUGGAGGAAUUAAAAGGAUGGAGGUUCGUUGGGGUGACAAAGGGUCCACUGAAGAAGGUGCCCGGCUAGAGAAAGCCAAAAAUGCUGUGGUAACCAUUCCUGAAGAGACUGAAGAGCCAUUUCAACCUAGACCACCCAAACCGAAGCCUACUUUGCCGCCACCUCAGGAAAAGUGGUAUACGCCAAUUAAGGGUCGACUGGAUGCACUAUGGGCUCUGCUGAGGCGGCAGUAUGACAGAGUGUCUUUAAUGCGACCGCAGCAAGGAGAUGAGGGACGAUGCAUGAACUUCACCCGAGUGCAGUCUCAGUGAAGGAAGGAAAAAAAAGCAGUGGGGAAAAAAAAUCUACCCCUUCUAUAUUGAAACCAAAGGAAGACAAUGAAGCACUUCUAUGAGAACCCGCAACAGAACUUCGGUCUCUCAGACUGGGCCUUGGGUCCAUUUGGUUCCACCACAAGCCACCUAACUGCUGCACUAAACUCUUCUGUCCGCCAUUUUGUUUUCAAGCUUGUGACCUCACAUUAUAUUCCUUACAGUAUUAUUCAAUUCGUGGUGGAGACACAAAGAACGUUGGCUUCUCAUGCCCAGAGUUCCCUGGGAAAUCCAGUACUGAAGCUGCAAGCGAAUCGCCAAAGACCUGGCUUCGGUUGUUCCGCUAGUUGAACUAUGGCUCCUCAAGCCUCUAUGUGCCUCAAGUCAGGAGCUGCUUUGUUUCUUGGAUGUGAAGACGGCACUUGUUAUUUAAAUAGGAAAGUAUUUGCCACAGGCAUAAGACUGAAAUUCCCACCAGGCUUGAAAAAAAUGUAAGAGUUCAUUGCCUUGCAGCGAUGUCAUAUCACUAAAUCCUUCCGAGUCCCAUCUUCUCUCCCGCCUCCAUCGGGUUGUGCCUUACGGGAAACUUCUGACUAAAAAUCUUGUCACUUUAACACUGAGCCGUGCGCAUGCAUGACAAAAUGUAGACACAGCGCCUCAAGGUAUUGGUGGCAAGCAAGACUUUGCCCUUUAGUUUCUGAAGACACCUUUCUUUCAUUAUGCACCCAGGACAGGAUGAAAAAUUAAUAGAGCGUUAUUCUCCAGGAAGACAGCCUGAAACCAGAGGUCUUGAGUGGAGAUCGAGGGAACUAAUGCUUCAGGGUCUUGGCACUGUGGCUAAUAUUUUCCCCCCACCCUUCUCAGUGUCCAGCAUUCAGUAGUGCAUAGAAAUAUUACCCUCUGUAAACAUACCUAGCAGUUCUAUUAUUAUUAUUAUUAUGAAAUUGGAGGGGGGGGGGAGGGAAACCCAGCCCCACAAAGCUGGUAUCUCAGGGUCCGUCUCUUUCUCCUCCUCCCUCUCCAUAUCUCCAAGGGCUUUCAGCCUCACAAACCAGCAACUCUCUUUGCAUGAGAAUUUCAAAGUUUAAUUAAUAUAAUUAAAGGCAACAGCAAGCAGCAGCCUGUGAAGGUUUUGCUCAUCUUUUUUAUGCCUUUUGACAUUGAAUGACCUAUUACUGUAUGCGCAUUACUCAGUUUUUGAGGGGGUACCAUGCCUUUGGUGGAGAUUUAGCACUGGGGCCAAUGAAGAAAAGAGGGAGGGAGGGAAGAAAAGGCAGGAGACCUCCUUCCCUCAAUUUAUAAAUUAAAUAUACAGGAUUGCCGGCCAUCAGAAAACGUUGACAAAGUAUGUAUUAUAAUAAUUUUUUUUUAGAAAAAACCAGCGUUGUGUCACGUCGGCGGUGCCAAAUUAUGUUAGCGUGAGUGGAAACACUGUGGGGGAGGAAAGAGGCAGCAGCUGAAGAAAAAAGCUCAAAUGAUCCAGUCACUUUCGAUACUGUACUUCAGAUGCAAAAUGGAUAUUCGAGUCGAAACCUGACAAAGUGCGCCUACUUUGAUGGCAACCGGUAUAGACAAUGACCAGUGGCUGGGUCAGUGGGAUGUCUCUCUGCGAGCAGGGAGGCUUAUCAAAUGACACUAAAAAUAAGUUCAGCAACCAUCACGUUUGAGGGGAAAAGGCGAACAUUUCACGUUUGGUGGGCAUGCAUGUGCGCAAAACGGGAAAGAGCGAGAGGGGGAUGAGUGCUGGUCUAAUUAUCUCCUUUGUUGUUUUUCAUUGAAAUCUCAAGGGACUUGAAAUCAUUCCCUUGGUCGAUGGCCAAAUUUACGGCUCUUCCCAACCAGGACUUCCACCACGACGCCUCUCGCUUGCAUCUGUUAUUGGCUUGAGAUUAUUUACGCUACCAGUAGCAAUGUCGACACCCCCCAUGAGAGCUCGCAUGAAUAAAACCCUCUACCUUAGGUUCUAUUACAGGUCAUUUCUCUCUUUUAUUUACACCCCUCUUUCCAUUGCCAUUGCACCAGUCGACUGGAAUUGCAUUCUCCUCUAGCUGCUGGCUGCAUCCAGUAGACACACCUUCCAUCACAAGUGUUCCAAGAAGGCAUGUCACAGGCUAACUCAGGGGAUUUCUGCUCGUACAAUUAUUUAAAUUCGUCAGAUGCUACAGCAUGGGAAAUACGCAGUGUUAGCAAUGUGAAUAAAACGGGAAAAGGUACCACCACCAUGCUUUCCUGCACACUGUAGCAGGAGAGAAUUCUACUUUUAAGACAGGAUCUUCAGACCAUCAGGAAAGGAAUGUAAUGUCAUUCAUUUCACGUACACAGAAGUUGCACACAUGUAAUUUCUCCACAAGUGAAUAUUUAGUUUACUGCAAAUCCUUGGUUAAGUCUGUGUGGAACCUGAUAUACAUAUUUUUUUGCUCAUGGUGAAAAGCAAAUCAUGUACACUUCGCUAAUUUGCUGCUCUGAAUUUAUCUGCAUAGAUGAUACUUUAGAUCUAGAUACUGAACAGUCCACUACUGCAUUAGAAAUAAAUUCACAUUCCAUAUAUAAUGAAAGUAUUUGAACCAAGAUGUUUAGAAAGACAGUUAACUUUGUACUUUCCUUUAAAACAGUAUAUUAGAUACUUUUUUAAAAAGGGGGAAAACAGUAGCUAUGGCACUUGUGAGAGCAAAGAGUUUCAUAAAAUUAACAUUUAAAAGAAAGUGGUAAUAUAUUUGUAGAAUUAAAAAGACCAUAUUUAAAUUUGACCGUAUAUUUCAAUUUUUUUAAUGUAAGAAAUAAAAGACUCAACAUUUUGAUAAUUUAUUAUUAUAGUGAUUUAUGCAGAACAGCAACAAAGGUUUCUCAGGGUCUAACAUUGCUUUGAUUUCAUUAUUUUAUGAAACUCUUGUUCACUGAAAAUAAUAAUUUCACAGAUACAUAUAUUUGAAUGUUGGUUAAAACGGGACAUAAUGUAAGGGAAGACCUACUUUUCAAUGCCUCUGGUUUAACAAUAGCACAGCAGUGUUUACCAAAUUUAUGCUUCCACACAAAUGAACCAAAGUAUUGUUAAUUUAAAAUGUUUAUUAAAGUUAUAUGUUUAUUAAAGUUAUAUGUUUACA